CGAGCCGAACUAAGCCGAGCCAUACCGCGGGCACGCCGUCGCACCGCCGCCAGGAUACGCAGCGCUGACGUGUCGACGUAAACACGUGCGGCUCCCUGGUUACAGGUUUCUCUUUCUAUUUUUUUCGUCCCUCCCUCCAUCCCCCCUCGCUCUUUCUCAGCAUUCCCUGACAACAGCAGCGAUGGCGGAACCCCCAGCAUCGGGAGCGACGGCAGCGACAGAUGCACCAUCCUCGUCUCCGACUCCGGCCCUUUCUCCCGCAGUCAGUCCGGGCUCGGAGCCUCCUUCCAUCGCGCUUUCUCCCUCUGCGGGCGGUUCCCAGCGACUGCUCUUCUCCCACGACCUGGUGUCCGGUCGCUAUCGCGGUUCGGUCCGGUUCGGCCUUGUCAGAAUGAUACACGGCGAAGAGGAUUUCGACUCCGACUCGGACAUCGACGGUGAUGGCGGAGGUGGCGGCGGGGGCGGCGGUGGAGGCGGCGGCAUCGCCGGUAGCUCCGACACCGAGAGUGGGGCGGCGGACAGCAGGGCUCGGCCCCUGGGACGGGGCUACGUUCGUGUGCAGUGGUACCCAGAAGGAGGAAAGCAGGACAUCCGAGAGACGAAGUUGAAGCUGGAGGACCGCUCCAUCGUGCCCAGGGACAUCGUGCGGCGUAUGCAUGCCAACGACAGUCAAUGUGGCACGGUGAUCGACAUCAACAUAGAGUGUGCGGUGAAGCUGGUGGGAACCAACUGUGUCCUGUACCCCGUCAACAGCAGAGACCUGCAGCACAUCUGGUCUUUCAUGUAUGGAGACUACAUAGCCUACGACUUCUGGCUGGGUAAAGUGUAUGACCUGACCAACCACAUCAUUCUGAAGCUCUCCAACGGAGCCAGGUGUUCCAUGAGCGUUGAGGACGGUGCUAAGCUUUAUGACGUCUGCCCCCACGUCAGUGAUUCGGGGCUUUUCUUCGACGAGGCCUACGGUUUCUACCCAGGCCAGGUGCUGAUCGGACCUUCCAAAGUGUUCUCCAACGUGCAGUGGCUUUCCGGGGUCAAGCCUGUGCUCAGCAAGAAGAGCAAGUUCAGGGUGGUGGUGGAAGAGGUCCAGGUUGUGGAGCUGAAAGUGACGUGGAUCACAAAGAGCUAUUCCCCGAGGGGUACAGACAGUGUCUACCCACCGCCCUCCACGAUCACGCAGGAGAACCUCUGCAGGGUUAAGCGACUGGGCUACUAUGACCACACUCAGAGGCAGCUGGGCGAAAGGGCCCUCUAUGUCUUUCCCCCCAAAGGUGAUGCCACCCGGAUCACCUGCGAGGGGCCCGAGGGGGCCCCCAUCCUACCCGAGGACCCUGUUGCCCGGAAGUUGAUAAAGAUGUUUAAGAAAGACGUAGGGAAGAAGACCACAGACCACGCCGAUGGACAUGGUGCCAGCCAGCAGCUGGCGGAAAAGGCAGAGAGGCCUGAAGGUGAGAAAAAGCCCGAGUUACACCAGGAGCUGGUGACCAUCCAGGAUAAGGUGGAUGCUGGCUGCCUCAACAACGGUCCACUAGAGGCAGACGGGCAGCCCAAGGACGGCGCCCUGGAAACGGCGGGCGACCCAGACGCGGAUGACGAGGCGGCGGAUGACACGGACGACACCAGCUCCAUGACGUCGUCGGCGAGCUCCACCGCGUCCUCGCAGAGCGGAGGCAUCGGCUCGAACCGCAAGAAGAGCAUCCCGCUGUCCAUCCGCAACCUGAAGAGGAAGCACAAGAAAAAGAGGACCAAGUUCUCCCGAGAGUUCAAACCCGGAGACCGAGUGGCGGUGGAGGUGGUGUCCACCAAGACCACGGCGGACGUCAUGUGGAAGGACGGCACCGUCGAGAAGGGGAUCCGUUCUAAUGAUCUCAUCCCCAUCCAGCACCUGGACAACUACGAGUUCUGUCCCGGGGACUUCGUGGUGGACAAACGACCCCAAGCUUCUCCAGACCCUGGGAUAUAUGGGGUCAUUCAGUCCGGGGACCACAAAGGCAGGACGUGCGCAGUGAAGUGGGUCAAACUCAAUGCCACCAGCGAUGAUGUGGAGGUUAUCGGCGAGGAAGACGAUGUCAGCGUUUACGACAUCGCUGACCACCCGGACUUCCAUUUCCGCACUACGGACAUCGUUAUAAGGAUAUGGAGCUCGGAAAAUGGCCAGGCAGCCGAUUGUGAAAACGAGACAUCGGUGGGCCAGGUGUCCCGCGUGGACAUGAGCAGCAAGGUGGAGGUGGUGUGGGCCGACAACUCCAUGACCGUGGUCCUGCCUCAGCACCUCUACAACGUUGAGUCAGAGAUCGAGGAGACCGACUAUGAUUCAGUGGAAGGCAGCAGCAGCGGGGCCUCCUCUGAGGAGUGGGAGGACGAGAGUGACAGCUGGGAGACGGACAACGGGGUGAUGGAGGAUGAGCCGCCCGGGGAGACAGCCCCGGCUCCGCCGCCUACCAGCCAGGCCGGCGUCCCACAGGAGGCCAAGGUGGUGACCCAGCACCCUGCCACAGUGGAGGACCUGGAGGGGGCCAUCGCCUCAGCCACGCUGGCGGGAGCGGGAGGUGGUGGAACAGGGGCCGAAGAGAAGGCGGGCAAAGAGGGAGCACCACGGGGCUUCCGGGAGCUAAAGGAGGCUCUGAAGAUUCUGGAGAGCCUGAAAAACAUGACGGUGGAGCAGCUGUGGACCGGUUCACCUACAUCACCCACCUUGGAGCCAGAGAAGCCCACCAAGGAGAAGCGAUUCCUGGAUGACAUCAAGAAACUGCAGGAGAACCUGAAGAAGACACUGGACAAUGUGGCCAUCGUGGAGGAGGAACGUAUGGAAGCUGUAGGGGAGACGGACAAGGAGGAGAAGCAGCAGGAGCCCCAGACGCCCGUGCGCUCCGAGUGGCCCAGCGACACACCUGUCCUCUGCCAGCAGAGCGGGGGCAAGCCGGGUGUCACCUUCACCAGUGCCAAGGGGGAGGUCUUCUCUGUGCUUGAGUGGGCACCAGACACUCACGCCUUUAAGAAAAUGGAGUUCCAGCCUGCGGAAGCCAAGAAGUUCUUCAGCACUGUGAGGAAGGAGAUGGCUCUGCUGGCCACCUCGCUGCCAGAUGGUAUCAUGGUCAAGACAUUUGAGGACCGCAUGGAUUUGUUCUCGGCUUUAAUUAAGGGCCCCACGCGUACCCCCUAUGAGGACGGCCUCUUCCUCUUCGACAUCCAGCUGCCCAACAUCUACCCGGCAGUCCCGCCGCUCUUCCGCUACUUGUCACAGUGCAGCGGCCGCCUGAACCCAAACCUCUAUGACAACGGCAAGGUCUGCGUCAGCCUUCUGGGAACCUGGAUCGGCAAGGGCACUGAAAGGUGGACCAGCAAGUCCAGCCUUCUGCAGGUGCUAAUCUCCAUCCAAGGGCUGAUCCUGGUGAACGAGCCGUACUACAACGAGGCCGGCUUCGACAGCGACCGGGGCCUCCAGGAGGGCUACGAGAACAGCCGCUGCUACAACGAGAUGGCCCUUAUCAAAAUGGUGCAGUCCAUGACACAGCUGCUGCAGCAGCCAGUGGAGGUCUUCCAGCAGGAGAUCCUGGAGCACUUUCAUAUCAGCGGUUGGAGGCUGGUGCACCGUUUGGAGGCCUGGCUGGAGAUAAACGAGGCGGUGGAGCGGGGCUACAGGGGCCGCGGGCCGGAGCGCACGCCCUCGGAGGAGGCGGGGCCGGCGGCCGUCUCGCACGGGGUGCUCUACAGCAGCCCCGGCAGCCUGGAGCUGCGGGAGGAGGAGCUGGAGGACUCGGGCCUGAGUCCCUCCACCACUGCGCAGCAGGAGCUCAGCCAGAACUCGGACUGCGAGAGCCUCGCGGCGCCGGGCGGGGAGGCCGGCUCGGGCGCCAGCACUGAGCAGAUGGGGAAGAGCCAGCAGGACUCCGCGGGAGGCCAGCCCGCCGUCAGACCAAAGAAGAGGAGGAAGAGCUACCGCAGCUUCCUGCCGGAGAGAAGCGCCUACCCCGACAUCGGCUUCCCGCUCUUCCCGCUCUCCAAGGGCUUCGUCAAGAGCGUCCGCGUGGUCCUGCAGCACUACCGCGCCGCCCUAGCUGCCGCCAGCAUCCCCGAGCGCAGGGAGGACAAGUAGGUGCCCUGGAGCUCCACAGUGCCCCCUGCUGCCUACACCCCUCUUCCAGCCACCCCCCUCUCCCACACAGCAGUGUUGUACAGCAGUGUCCUGCCCCCUCCCAAAGGUAACCAAGCUGUGCCUGGGAGGAAGAUUAUUACGACUAUUAUUACUACUAUUAUUAUUAUUUUGGUAAAUAACCAGUCUGUGCAUAAAUCUAAUCUCUAACCCUAAGUUCCAUUGGUGCCCCACCGCAGUAGAGAUGUGAAUGAAGGUCCCCCCGCCUCCACCCCCAGUUUCACCUUUGUGGGGGCUGCUGCCUGUCCUGCCCUUGUCCCCCUGAAUCCCGCUGACAUUCUGACCACUCAGGGAGACUUGGACACAGAGCCUGUGCCUUGACAGGGGAGGAUCAGGAGUGAGAUGAUUUUUGUUUUUUUCUUUAUGGAGGACAUGGCCGGGACAUGCUGGUGUGGCAGGAUUUCUGGGGGGGUGGCAGAGGCUGCUGGGGGUGUCUGGAUCUGGGUGUGGGUGGUGGGGGAGGGGCCAGCUAUGCCCUGGAACAAAAAGCCUGGCAUCACUGACGGUGUGCACUGCUACAGCGCAUCGUGGGGGGGGAGGCACCUUCCCCGAUGGCAGAAAGGCUCCCCGGCACGCCGCCUUACGGACUUCUCCUCAGCAGCCGCAGAACAAACCGCACGAAGCGAGGAGUGACCAGCCCAUCCUUUGACCUUUGACCUAGGGGCACAUUUUCACGCCAUAACUCCUUUUUAAAGUCGCACCCGGUCGUGUUGCUCCUCUGCCACCUUCCAGGCUGCUGAACAAGCAGACCUUCAACGUGAAGAGCUGGGUGCUUUAAAAUCGCUGCAGCUUCUCGUGGGACUGGACCCCCCUUCUAUUAAAGUGGUUUAGCCUUUACCAGUGGAUCCCUGUAAUCCUUUUUGCAUCAAAACGCCACACACACACACACACACACACACACACAUAACAGCUCAAAACAAUCGAGUGAGGAGUUUACAAAAAAAAAGCUUUUCAGCUGGAAAAAAGGGGUGAAACUGGAUAGAUUAAAUAAAUGAAAUAUGACCUGUGGGUGAAUAUGAGCACCAGACUGAGGCUUGAUACUUUAUACCGCGUGUUCCUUUUAAAACAGGUUUGGAAUUUUCUGUUUUAGUCUCAAGAACUGGUAAAUAAACCCAUAAGGUAAAGUAUGAGCAGUUGCGUAGCAGAGUCACACCUUCAGUUUUAGACUUCCGACGUCUAUCCGAUAGAUCACAGCUCCAGUAGAUCGUUAAUUUAAACGCAGAGGGCGCCGCUCUGUGCUUAUUCGCUCGCUGGCUUAGCGAGUACACUGAUGUGCAUGCUGUAACUAUUAGUGCACCAGUUUGUCCAUGAGGUCUAGUCCCGGAGCUAGAUGCCUUACCUUACUUGGUAUUUACCAAGGUCUGGAUAGUGGACGGCGUUCAGUUAGUCAUUUUUCCCCACUACGCUUCAUCGCUUAUGGUUUCCAGAGCUUUUUGUAAAAGAAUUUUAAGUAAAAUGCUCCUCCCUUCAACUUAGUUUCAUAUAAGUGAGUCGUGUAAUUGGCGAAGGGAGCAAUGUUAUGUAUUUGAAUCAAUUUACUUUUCCCCCCCUUGCUUUUUAAAAAGAUACUGUCUUCUGGGCUAAGGGUAGAGGAACACUGAAGCACAACUAAAGGCAGGUUUGGUUCCUCUGUGCUUAACCCUUGUCCCUUAAACCCCAGUCGCUUCCACCUUAUCAGACUGGCCAGUAAAUGUUGCUCUUAUGUUGUUAUGGCAAAAAAAAAACUGCUUGUGUCUCUUGUGGUUUGGAUUUUUUUUUGGAUCUUCUCUUUACAUAUUCAGCCUGAAAAACUUGAGACUGGGUGUCAGUAAUUUUUUUGUGAGGUGGCUUAGACAUUGCGCUCCUUUCUCGGGCGCCACAAGGGGGCAGUGAUUCCAAGCCGAUGUUGCCCGAGGGUUUGCACAGUGUGUACAAUAAAGUGCAGAAAUCCAACUUGACUGGUCUCGCAAGUGUUCUUGAACAAUGAGUAUCCAGGACGUGUGGAGGCAGUCACUGUUUACAUCAGAAACAUUCAGCUGGAUACAAAUGUUCGCUUCCUUUCACGCCGCAUCCGUAAAGAAACCGAACUGGGUUCAUUACACAGGCUUUUCCACCUGUUAUUUAAAAAUUUUUUUUUUUUUUUUAAUUAAAUCAACCCCCACUUUCUCAGAACUGCUGAUGCUUGAUGUGAUGCGGGGCCAGAGAGUGUUUGACUUCUUUCUUUGAAAAAGUGUCGUGCAAAAAAAAAAAGAAAAACCAGCGCAAAGCCACCUUCUGUUUGUGUCAGGGAGCAAAUGGAGGGAAAUGACAAAUGCAAGGUCUGUCUGAUUUGUUUAAACCAAACCUGUUAGUCUUGACCAGUCUGGUUUACCUGGCAUGGCGAGUCCAGCUACCGUCUCCCUCCCGCUCUCUGGCUUCCUCUCGCCAUUCCGCCGGUAUCCCUGAUACGCAUCCUUACUUUAUCGUAGUUGCAGUGCCUAUGGUGUGUGGCUCCCCCCCCCCCCAGUACUGCAGCUCGGACUUUUAAUUUCCCAAUCUUUGAACAGAUAAUGUGAAGUUUAGGUUUCAAAAAAGAGGAAAUCAAGCACAUGAAGCUCUGUAAAAAAAAUAAAAAUGUUGGUGUAUGUGUACAAUACAAAACCCAUAUUAAGAGAGAGACAGCCAAAGCAUGUACAAUGUACCAUGUCGCUUUAAGCCUACAAUGGCUGCACACAAGACUUGACUGUAUGAUGUAAACAUUUCACAGUGGCCUGUCUUGGUAAACUAAUAAACUAUGAUUUGUAGCCUGAUUCCUCUGUACAGAUGUCAUGAUUAUAUAAAUAAUAUAAAUAUAGAUAUUUAACAAAUGUAGUGGAGUGAAUGCUUGGGGAUAUAUGUCUGCAGGGUGCCGUGUGACUGUUGUUUUUCUCUCAUGGGUCUUUUUUUUUCUUUAUUUUGUUUGCAUUAAGACAAUUGUACAAAGUGAUGCAUUAAAAUCUUUGCAAGCCAAAAACA